AUGGAGACUAUUGAAAAAUCUCAACAACCAUUGGACUUCCCUUCUCCCGCGAUUGAAGUUUCCGAAGCUGAAGCUACCGGAGUUGAUGUUCCCGUGAGUGAAGUUCCCUUAACUGAAACUUCUGCGGUUGAAGUCCCCAUGACCGCUGGAAUUGCCUCGGGUGAUGCACCCUCUUCAAGCUCGAUCGUGCCCCUUAUUGCAAGUCAAGUUGAAACUUCAUCUAUUGAUACUCCAAUGGUUGGAAAUCAACCUACUUCUGUUGUUCCCUUGGUUGAAACUCCCGCCGCUGAAGCCUCUGUGAAUGCUGCAAUUGCUUCGGAUGUUGUACCUUCUUCAAGCUCAACUGUGCCACUUGCUGCAAGCCAAGCUGAGAUCUCGUCUGUCGAUGUUGCUCCAAUUGAGCCCGCUGAUGAUCCUUCCUCAGUUCUUUCUUCUUAG